AUGACUAAAGUCGAGCUAACUGAAUCCAAGAGAGGGCAUUUUAUUGAUUAUGAAAAUGAAAUUGUUGAAGUUGAAAAUGGUAGUACUAACCGAGUUGUUCUUGAGGAGCGAUUCAAUCUUUUAUCAUCUAUCGCAACAGGUAUUGUAACAGGUAAUACUUGGACCGCGUUAGGUGGUGCCAUCAUUGCUUCAUUGUACAAUGGUGGCCCACCUGGUAUCAUAUAUGAAUUCAUCGCUGUGUCUGUUUUUUAUUGGUUGAUUGCAGCAUCUAUUGCGGAGCUUGCAUCUUCAAUUCCUGCUUCUGGUGGCGUCUACCAUUGGGCGGCUGCCACUGCAGGAAAAAGCUACGGUCGAAUAUGUUCAUGGUUUGCUGGAUGGCUUAAUUAUUUUGCUUGGACCUUUGCAGUCUCAGCGAACUGUGCAAUACUUGGCCAAAUUACUGUCUACAGCUAUCAAAUGUUUCAUCCUGACAUUGAAGUUACAAGAUGGCAAGUCUUCAUCGUUUACCUAAUUGUUUGUUGGUUAUGCUGCUCUAUCGUGAUGUUCGCUACAUGUGCUCUCCCGAUCAUCAACAGAAUUGGUGGAUUUCUAAUGCUUGGUGGUUGGAUUGUGACUGUUUUGGUGUGUGCUAUAAUGCCGAGCCACAAUGCUUCUGGAUAUGCAUCCAAUGAGUUUGUGUGGGCGGAGUGGCAGAAUGAUACUGGUUAUUCUAGUAAUGGUUUUGUUUUCUUAGCAGGAAUGUUGAAUGGUGCUUUUGCCGUAGGUGCUCCUGAUUGUGUUACUCAUAUGGCUGAAGAAAUCCCCAAUGCUGGUAGAAAUCUUCCCAAAGUAUUACUUUGGCAAGUCGUUGUUGGAUUUAUAACUGCAGUUUGCUACAUGAUUUCCAUGUUCUACUCCAUCAACGAUUUUCAAGCAAUCUUUAUUGCAGAUUCAAUAUUCCCACUUGGUGACAUAUAUCAUCAGGCUACUGGCACCAAGGGAGGUGCAUUGGGCUUAUUGAUCAUCAUAGCAUCACCACUUUUCUGUGCUACAAUCGGAUGCUACAUCACAGCAGGGAGAACUCUCUACGUCCUAGCAAGAGAUGACGCUGCGCCAUUUUCUAAUCAUAUUGGAGCUGUCAGCAGAAGAUUUGAAAGCCCACUCUGGGCUACUUUCGCUUGUGGAUGUGUCUCUACUUGUAUGGGAGCGAUUUACGUUGGUUCACUUGCCGCUUUUAAUGCUUUUGUUGGGUCUUUCGUUCUUUUGACUACGGUGUCUUUCCUCUUGGCAAUUGGUCCACACGUUCUUAACAAGCGCAGGGGAAUAGCUCCUGGACCAUUUUGGCUCGGAAAGUAUGGCUAUUUCAUCAACAUAAUCUCUUGCCUAUACAUAAUAGUGUUUUUCGUUAUCUAUUGCUUUCCUUAUGCUUUGCCAACAUCAGCCGAUGAGAUGAACUAUACAAGUGUUAUUACUAUUGGAUUAGCAUUGUUAGUCUCAAUUUGGUGGUUUGUACACGGGCGAAAACACUUCAAGGGCCCAUCUUACAAUUAG